GGUGCGGUCAUACCGAGCUCAGCCUGCGUGUCAGUGCAGUCGACUUACAGCUGGCUGUGAGGACAACUGACGCUCUACCCUCCACUCUGCUCUCCACCACCGCGACCCUUCACUGAAAACUCUCCUAAACUCCGUCAGAACAACUCACCAGACUCCGAUCCUCUCCGCUGUUUUAAAAAAAACAUAUUAUUAAAGUGGGUUUUAUAGGAAACUGAAGUUGGAGGCUGGGCCUUUAGCUUUCUGACCGAGCGGAGAAGAAGAAGAAGAAGAAGAAGAUAAAAAGCUGGUCUUUUAUUUUUUUUUCUUGUUUAAAAAGUCGAUAAAUGCUACUCACGAAAAUGGACCUGUUGAACUACCAGUACCUGGACAAGAUGAACAACAACAUCGGGAUCCUCUGCUACGAAGGUGAAGCAGCUUUGAGGGGGGACCCCAGGCUCCAGUCCUUGUCCCUGUCCUCGUCCUCGUCCUCCUCUUCGUCAUCGUCGUCCUCAUCCUCCUCCAUCUCCAGCCACAGGACAGGUCCUCCUCCCAUUAGCCCUACCAAGAGGAAGCUGAAUGGGGAACAGGGGGACAGCGACAUGGACGACAACGAGCAUGUGGCAAAGAUGAGCCGACUGUUUGCUGCACAGCUGAAACCUAAUGGAGACUAUCGCAGCUCCCCGGUCUCUAAGGACCGCAGCCGGAGCCCCAGCGAGCGAGUGGUGGUGCCCGGUGGUCUUGCAGUCCACAGCAACCAUCUGUACAGCCACGCACACCACCACCAUCUGCACCUGGCCAGCUUAGCCGGCAUGGACCAGCCACUGGCGUUAACCAAAAACAGCAUGAUGGAGCCUGCACGAAGCAGCACAGCAGCCAUGACCACAGUGCCGCAGGCAGUCAGCGCCAUGGAACGCCAGCAGAAUCGUCCUUCAGUGAUCACAUGCGCUCCAGCCAACAACCGCAACUGCAACCUGUCUCACUGUCCAGUCUCUCACAAUGGCUGCUCAAGCCUCACUAACAACUACAGGAGAGCCAACACCAACACAGCCUGCGACCCAGUGAUUGAAGAGCAUUUCCGCCGCAGCCUUGGGAAGAACUACAAAGAGCCCGAGCCGGCCACCAACUCCGUGUCCAUCACUGGCUCGGUGGACGACCACUUCGCCAAGGCGCUGGGCGAGACCUGGUUGCAGAUCAAAAACAAGGGGAGUCCCUCGUCGUCCGGCAGCAGCCCAAACUCCUCCCCCGACAGUCACAUGAUCAACCACAACCACUCCCCAUCUGUGGUCUCCUGAAGGGCCCGAGAGAUUUUUAGAGGGAUUUGCCCCCCCUGCUCCCCCAGCCCCCCACAGCCCACUCCCAAUCAUCCCGACUCCAACAUCCAUGUCCCUGUCACUCUGUCGGUCUGUCACCAGCGUCCCAGAGGCAGCGCCCGCCUGCGGGUCGAGCCUGCUCUCUCCCUCUAUGCACUCGUAGAGGAUCAAAUCAGCAAUAUAUAACAACUGUCCUCUGGUUUGCUAAUGUCAGACAAUAAUCAGUCAUGAGUGAUGAGGGCUCAACUCUUGGACUGACAGGAGCAUCAUCGGGCAAGCGUCUGUAGUUAUAUGUACAUAAAGAGAGGGAGGAGAGGCGGUGUUUUAAUUAUUCAUUUUCUUUUCUUCUUUGUUGUUGUUGUUUUGUUUUUAUUUUUAACAGUAGUUGUUGUGUACUGCUUCUGCGUUAUGAGAUGCCGGAUGUUUGAUAGAAGAGAUGAGAAAGAACCACUUUGGAGAAAAUAAUCACAAACCACCUGACUGUGCUACCAAAGAAACCUUUAGACGUUGACGUUUAUCAAUGCCCAGAUCAAAAACAACAAAAAGCCAUCGACUUGGCUCCUCUCUGGUCUCUUCUAAGUCUCUCACCUUCUCUCUCCUCUGUUUGUGUUACUGUACGUGUAAACUUAAUCGAUCGACUCGGUCUGAUUUGCACUACUGCCAUAGAAGGUGGGGGCUGACAUGUCAACAUCACAAUCUGGCACUGUAAACACUGGGACUGAAAACUCAAACUGACUGAAUUCAACAUUUCUGGGACCUGGACAUAAUUUCAUCCAAUAAUAUUACCAUGCUGCAUUAUUUAUUCAAUGCAUUUCUGAAGAAUGGAAAAACACAUAUCAGCACGGUCGGGGAGUAAUAAUCGAUUUGGAUACCGUGUUCCCCGAUCGUCAAAAAUAUAUCUGAUCUGGUUUAAUUUAGCCAUAAACUAAAAGAAGGUGGGUGAAAAGCAGAAUCCCAUCCCAAGCCAUUUCACUUCCUGUUUGUUCAUCACAUGUAACAUGUUAACUUAUCGUUCCCCACCAGCAGAGUCAGAGUCCACAUUAAGUCACACAUGUGGGUGCAGAGAGCGAGCCUUAUUAAAUUUGGGGUGUAAACAAUUAGUUAAACUGUGUGAGGAACAGGCCGCUCUUCAAUUAAAGUAAACUGCUGUCACCAUGGAAACUUACAGAAGCCUUACUCACCCAUAUUAUUCCACAUCUCUGCCAUGAGUAAUGAGGAAAAUGCAGAGAAAUAUGUGCAAAAAAUAUCCCUUCAAAUUCACAUCAAGCCAACUGGAGUGUAAAGUAUGAGGAUGUAGGGUCUUACUCAGAUUCUUCACCCACUGGUCUUUACCUGGUCAAAUAAUGUGCCAAAUUGUUGUGCGGUGAUUUGUUUUACGAGCACAGUCAGGUUUUUUUAUCAAAUCAGUGAGCGGUGGUGUUGAUGGACGUGGUGCAAAGUGCAGCGGGUCGCAGAGCGCUGUUCGCAGAGACAAUGAGCUUUGAUGUGCUUCACGGGCUGAACUGAACUGCUGACAGCGACGGGGGGAUAGAUGACACUGCAUGUCACUUUGUGGUUGAAAGAAAAGAAGAUAAAAAAAAAAGAACUGUCUGGCUUCUUGACCGGGGGAGAGAAGAUUAUUCAGAUCUCUUCAAACACGCCCUUUGUUUUUGUGUCUCUUUGAACACGGGUGUUGUAAUUAUAUUUGGCUGACACCCUGCUGCCCCUCCCUCCCUCCCUCCCUCCCCCCCCUACACACUGUGGUUUGGUAGAUUUCUAUAAGGUUCGAAGGGUAAACUAAUGCUUUUACAGAUGCAUGUAUUUUUUCUUUUGUUUUUUUUAAUAGCUGGUAUCUAUUAGUGUUUUUAAGCAUUUCAAUCUUAACUACUAUUAGCCUUUUCAUUUGGACGGUAGUUGUUACUUCUUUUGUUGUUAGUAACGGACAUAGACACUAUACACUCACUGCUGGGUCAGUUGUACUCCAUAUUAUUAUUGUUAUUGUUAUUAUUACAGUUUUGUACUUUUGUUUUCCAUUAAUAUCAGUAUGGUAACAAACAUCUGUAGUGGGACAAGCCUCCGGACAGGCUCUGUGUAACCAUUGAGACCUGAGUUUCUCAAAACCAGCUCAGCACGACGGACGUGGUCGUCCGGGCGCUGAGUCGGCUUCGGGAGACGCUGCCCGUUAACGGUUUUCUUAAGAUGUUGAUCCAUUGGUGGUACAGGAUGCUACAGCCUUCAGCGUGACUGAGCUGAGACACCAGUUUGGCACAAAUCGGUCUUCAGGGCCUUGUUUUCCACAAAGCCUGAGAUACAGUAAAACAACGCGAUUGUUGCGAGACUAUUUGGGUGACGUCUUAAAACCGCCCCCUUCGCACCAGCCUCUACGUGCGCUCCAAGACGUACUAAGUAGAGGACAAGCUAGCAGGCUAGAGAGCUUUUGGAAAACAAGGUGUUGUUGAUGGUCAGAGUUAGUGAUGACGGCUCUCAGACAUUUUUCUGACACAUAGAAAAAUGUCUUACACUCGUUUCAAUUUUACCGCUCAAGAGAAAAAACAACAUUGGAAACAACGUUGAGAUGUAAAACGAACAAAACAACUCUUGUUCAGUGUGGAUUCAUGAUGCGCCGUCAAAACUCUCUCAAACCUCAACAGUUGACUCAUUGUGUCCUGACUUGGUGUCCAGACUUUUUUUAUUUUUGCUUUAUAUUUCACUGCUUUCUGUUCUGAACAACAUUGUAUUGUCGCUGCAGUUCCAGCUGCAGCCUGAAGAAAUGAAUUCUCCUCUGUAAAAAGAGCCUGCGCCACAGCCGCAUACAUUCCUCCUAUAGGGAACUUUGUACAGGCCCCAUUUACACUCAGUAUCUCCACAUCAACAGACCGAGCUGAUAACCAGCCACUUGUCCCAGAGUUCCCAGCGGACGUCUCGCUUGGUGUUGUGGACACCUUGUUAUUCUGACAUAACGUAUGACGGAGGAACACACGAUGCCAUAAAACUUUCCAGGGCGUUCAGAGCGAAGAACGUAUAGAAGAGUUGGGAAAACGUUUAGUGUCAUUGCAUGUCUCUAACAGGACGUUUACAGAUUCGGCUUUAAUCAAAUACGACGAGUACAUCCGUUAAAGUUCUGUACACAGAACGUCAGUGAUCUCGAAUAUCCUCACAUUCCAUCCUCUCAUAUCAGAACAGAACAGACAGAGCCAGAACUGAUGGUACAUGUUUUUAAAUCCUAACCCAACAGCCAGAGAGUCGGUUUCAUCACAAACAGGUCGUCUACGAUCUCAGCGUGUUUUCUGUGACAGGUUCAGAGUGGGUGGUGAGUUUGUCAUGUUGGGUUUGGGGGUGGGGGGGUCAGAGCUUCAGGAGCUGAGCUUCUGUAAGAACAGUCUGAGCCGCGAGACGUUCACUGCCACUGGGUCUUUCCCAGCGUCCCCCCCUCCUCCUCUCAGAUUCAGUCGACCCUGACUCAGAUGGGAUGUACUUCACAUUUUGUUAGAAACCAUGAGGGAACGAGGCUUGGUGUCCAGAAGAGUUUGUUUUUCUGUUAUUAUUAUUAUUAUUUGUUCUCAUUAUUGUUUCACUACCACCCUGUAGGUAGGAGGCGCUCUCUUCGCUUCGGCACACUCUCCCUACAGACUGUAGGAAAAUCACUUAAUAAAAAAUUACUUUUUUAUAAUAGGUAACUAUAAGACCAUCAUUACGCUGUGCGUAACGAAUGUACAGAGAAAAAAAUCGUAGGUAUUUUUUGAGGAACAAUUAAUUUGUUAAUGAUAUGUAGCUAUUUAAUUGUUUUUUUCCCCCUGUCCUUACAUUGUAAUCAUUGCAUUUUCUUUUUUUUCUUUUUUUUGUGAAAAAAGUUGAUCUUUUUUGUUAAUAGAGUGCAGGAGCACGGAAAAUGUAUGAAACCACAACGAGCCACUGGUGUCAGUGACAAUCGCUACUUCCAUUGGCCCCCGAUGUUCUGCCUUCAUUUACAUUGUGUUUGUUCGCGUGACUUCUGCGACGUCACUCGUGAGCAAAAAGAAAAGAGUUUGUUCUUCUCAGCAGGCUCUUGAUCAGUUCGCAUGUUUUGCUUCGGUGGAACAGAUCGAUGUUGCUGCCAGCCCAGUACGUCUCGUUAGCCUUUUCCAAACCAUUAACAUUUAAGUGUAAAAAAUCAACAAUAAUCACGGGCUAGCAGGCAAGUUCCAUUUCCACUACUGCAUGUCGGCACAUUGUGGCUCCUUCAGAAAAUCCUCUGAUGACUGAUUUUGGUUUACAGAUGGGAACCAAGCAACAAGGAUAAGUCUUGUUGAAUUCUGACACUGAAGCUUGGCCGAUGAAAAUCUCAAAACCUAUUUCAGCUGAUUUUGUGCUGAAGUUCUUCUGCUCCGCUGCUCGUCGGCGAGGCCGAGAGGAGCCGAGCAGCAGAUGAGCUUUGAGGAUGUCACGGUUCCCAUCUGGAGGCCAUUCAGCAUCUGUAAACACCAUGAAAAUAAAUUGUGCAGAUAAAUCAAAGAGGAGUUGCUCUUUACUCUGACUGUACCACAUUUUCCAGGUCCUUUUUUUUUUUGAAGUGGAAGUAGCAUGUACUUAGUGGUAGUAAUACUCUGAACUGUAAAAAAAAAAGAAAAGACAUUGUAUUAAGAAAACAACAGUCAAUUUGUGGCUCUGUGUCUCCUACUGAAAAGGUUUUGGCAGGCCACCUUUUUUGUACGUAAAGUAGCCUUGAUGAACAAUAAAGUGCUUUUAAACCAC